AUGUGGGAGCGGAAAGUGAGGAAGUCAGUGGAGUACAGGGGUGAUGUGGUCAACUGUGGGGGUCCGGGUGAUGUGGUCAACUGUGGGGGUCCGGGUGAUGUGGUCAGCUGUGGGGGUGAUGUGGUCAACUGUGGGGGUCCGGGUGAUGUGGUCAACUGUGGGGGUCCGGGUGAUGUGGUCAGCUGUGGGGGUCCAGGUGAUGUGGUCAGCUGUGGGGGUCCAGGUGAUGUGGUCAGCUGUGGGGGUCCGGGUGAUGUGGUCAGCUGUGGGGGUCCAGGUGAUGUGGUCAGCUGUGGGGGUCCGGGUGAUGUGGUCAGCUGUGGGGGUCCGGGUGAUGUGGUCAGCUGUGGGGGUCCAGGUGAUGUGGUCAGCUGUGGGGGUCCGGGUGAUGUGGUCAGCUGUGGGGGUCCAGGUGAUGUGGUCAGCUGUGGGGGUCCAGGUGAUGUGGUCAGCUGUGGGGGUCCAGGUGAUGUGGUCAGCUGUGGGGGUCCAGGUGAUGUGGUCAGCUGUGGGGGUCCAGGUGAUGUGGUCAGCUGUGGGGGUGGGGGUGAUGUGGUCAGCUGUGGGGGUCCAGGUGAUGUGGUCAGCUGUGGGGGUGGGGGUGAUGUGGUCAGCUGUGGGGGUCCAGGUGAUGUGGUCAGCUGUGGGGGUGGGGGUGAUGUGGUCAGCUGUGGGGGUGGGGGUGAUGUGGUCAGCUGUGGGGGUGAUGUGGUCAGCUGUGGGGGUGGGGGUGAUGUGGUCAGCUGUGGGGGUGAUGUGGUCAGCUGUGGGGGUCCAGGUGAUGUGGUCAGCUGUGGGGGUGGGGGUGAUGUGGUCAGCUGUGGGGGUGGGGGUGAUGUGGUCAGCUGUGGGGGUGAUGUGGUCAGCUGUGGGGGUCCAGGUGAUGUGGUCAGCUGUGGGGGUCCAGGUGAUGUGGUCAGCUGUGGGGGUGGGGGUGAUGUGGUCAGCUGUGGGGGUCCAGGUGAUGUGGUCAGCUGUGGGGGUGGGGGUGAUGUGGUCAGCUGUGGGGGUGGGGGUGAUGUGGUCAGCUGUGGGGGUCCAGGUGAUGUGGUCAGCUGUGGGGGUGGGGGUGAUGUGGUCAGCUGUGGGGGUCCAGGUGAUGUGGUCAGCUGUGGGGGUCCAGGUGAUGUGGUCAGCUGUGGGGGUCCGGGUGAUGUGGUCAGCUGUGGGGGUGAUGUGGUCAGCUGUGGGGGUGGGGGUGAUGUGGUCAGCUGUGGGGGUGGGGGUGAUGUGGUCAGCUGUGGGGGUGGGGGUGAUGUGGUCAGCUGUGGGGGUCCAGGUGAUGUGGUCAGCUGUGGGGGUGGGGGUGAUGUGGUCAGCUGUGGGGGUGAUGUGGUCAGCUGUGGGGGUCCAGGUGAUGUGGUCAGCUGUGGGGGUGAUGUGGUCAGCUGUGGGGGUGGGGGUGAUGUGGUCAGCUGUGGGGGUGGGGGUGAUGUGGUCAGCUGUGGGGGUGGGGGUGAUGUGGUCAGCUGUGGGGGUGAUGUGGUCAGCUGUGGGGGUGGGGCUGAUGUGGUCAGCUGUGGGGGUGGGGGUGAUGUGGUCAGCUGUGGGGGUCCAGGUGAUGUGGUCAGCUGUGGGGGUGAUGUGGUCAGCUGUGGGGGUGGGGGUGAUGUGGUCAGCUGUGGGGGUGAUGUGGUCAGCUGUGGGGGUGAUGUGGUCAGCUGUGGGGGUGAUGUGGUCAGCUGUGGGGGUGGGGCUGAUGUGGUCAGCUGUGGGGGUGAUGUGGUCAGCUGUGGGGGUGGGGGUGAUGUGGUCAGCUGUGGGGGUGGGGGUGAUGUGGUCAGCUGUGGGGGUGGGGGUGAUGUGGUCAGCUGUGGGGGUGAUGUGGUCAGCUGUGGGGGUGAUGUGGUCAGCUGUGGGGGUGAUGUGGUCAGCUGUGGGGGUGGGGCUGAUGUGGUGAGCUUUGGGGGUGAUGUGGUCAGCUGUGGGGGUGAUGUGGUCAGCUGUGGGGGUGGGGGUGAUGUGGUCAGCUGUGGGGGUGAUGUGGUCAGCUGUGGGGGUGAUGUGGUCAGCUGUGGGGGUGGGGGUGAUGUGGUCAGCUGUGGGGGUGGGGCUGAUGUGGUCAGCUGUGGGGGUGGGGGUGAUGUGGUCAGCUGUGGGGGUGAUGUGGUCAGCUGUGGGGGUGAUGUGGUCAGCUGUGGGGGUGGGGGGGCUGAUGUGGUCAGCUGUGGGGGUGAUGUGGUCAGCUGUGGGGGUGGGGGUGAUGUGGUCAGCUGUGGGGGUGAUGUGGUCAGCUGUGGGGGUGAUGUGGUCAGAUGUGGGGGUGGGGCUGAUGUGGUGAGCUUUGGGGGUGGGGGUGAUGAUGCGAGCUGCAGAGUUUGA